AUGGGCAUGUUUUCUGCUGAUAAUCCAUGGGUUUUCAUCUUUGGUGUCCUAGGUAACAUUUCCUCCUUCGUCGUCUUCCUAGCUCCAUUACCAACUUUUAUCCGAAUUUGUAAGAAGAAAUCGACAGAGGGUUUCCAAUCAAUUCCAUAUGUGGUUUCACUCUUCAGUGCCAUGCUUUGGCUGUACUACGCCUUUGUCAAGUCUGGAGCUUUCCUUCUUAUUACUAUAAACUCCUUCGGUUGCGUCAUAGAGACCAUUUACAUCUUUUUGUAUAUUGCUUAUGCAACAAAGCAAGCCAGGAUGUUUACCUUGAGGAUAUUUCUAUUGCUGAACUUUGGGGGAUUUUGCACCAUCCUAUUGCUCUCCCACUUUCUAGCAAAAGGAUCGAAUCGAGUAAAACUUCUUGGAUGGAUCUGUGUAGCAUUUGCUACAAGUGUGUUUGCUGCUCCCCUAAGCAUUAUAAAGCAAGUUAUACGUACCAAAAGUGUGGAGUUCAUGCCAUUUUCUUUGUCAUUGUUGCUCACCAUAAGUGCUAUCAUGUGGCUUUUAUAUGGCUUAUUCCUCAAGGAUUUGUAUAUUGCGAUCCCAAAUGUUCUGGGUUUCGUCUUCGGGUUGCUUCAGAUGGUGCUGUAUGCGAUAUAUAGGAAGUACAAGACGGUGGUGAUCGAGGAUGUCAAGAUACCAGAACAUAGUGUUGAUGUUACAAAACUGAGCACAGCUAUGAAUAAUUCUGAGGUGCAGGAAAUGAGUUCAGAGCCGGAAGUCCAUGAUCAUAAAAUUAUUGGGAUGAGCUGUAAAUUACAAAAUGAUCAGCAUGAUCAAAGAGAGAAAAUCCUGGAGUUGGCUAACUCAAAACAACUGCUAGGAAAUUGUGCUGAAGCUUGAUAUGGAUUUGUCCAUGA